AUCAUGGUUCGACCCAAAUUUGGCCUAAUUAGUGAACGCAGGUGUGUUCACCUAUAUAAAGCCCUCAACCCCACCCUGACUCUUUUAGUCAACUGUUCAGAGCAACGAUGAGUGACAGUUGGUUCCCUUUGUUGGACAAGAACGGAAAAGCAGAUAAAUUGCGUGGCGACGUGCUGCUGGGCAUCAGCUUUUUGAGGAUCAACAUGUCAGCGAGUAUGGUGGACCUUUCUACGCAGGAAAAGCAACGCUCUCGCCUCUCCAAGCUGAGCGCCAAAUUACGUCCGAAAAAACCGAGAAGCCUCACCGACAGCAACUCGGAUAUUAUGCCCCCAGUGGACCAGGUCUUGACGGAUAGUGAAGGAGAGCAUGAUUCCGUCUCACUUCAGUUCAAUCAAACUCCAGAAGAGAAAAAUAAAUCUAAAGUCAAGAAAUUCUUCUCACUAAACUCCAACUUGAAGCGAAAGACCUUGCAGCCACUUGCUCCGUUUGGAACUCAAAUUGAGAAGAACUCUUCUCGUAGUAGCAGCCGCUCAUCUGGCAUCAAUGUAGAAACCCCUGAAGCCAAGAAGAAAUUCAAAUUCCCGGGACACAAGCGCAGUGGAAGCUCUGACAGCAAGGUAUCUCUGGGUGCAUUGUCCCUGUUGAGCCGCUCCAAGCGCAGCAACAGUGACUUAAACAAUGUCGGUGUCAACGGCAACCAAAAGUAUGAGGACGCCAAAAGUGGCUCUUCGCUCAGUCUGAACAGCUCUGGCCAAGGGUCUGUGGAGAAUGUCCAUCAACACACCACCGGUGCACCAGUGCUUUCCUUCAGGUCUGAGUCUCAAAAUAUCAUGAUGGAGAAACCAAGUCAUCAAGAGGAAGAGGAAAGAAGGCAGUUGGAAGCGAGGAGCAUGGCAGAGGCUGUCAGAUUGCAGGAGGAGGAAGAGGAGGAGGAGAGACGCAGAGCCGAGGCCCUGAUUUUGCAGGAGGGGGAACUUAGACAAAACGAGGACUUCGACAGGAACAGCCACUUCCUUGAGGAUGAAGCAAGACUGGAGCAACUGAGGGAGGAAGAGGAAGAACGCGCAAGACUGGAAGCAGCAGAAGAUGAAGAGCGACUCGGACUAGAGGAGCAGACCCAAAGAGCAGAGGAUCAGAAAAGACAGGAAGAAGCUUCCAUGAGCGAAAGGCUGUCCUCUCUGUUUGGGAUGCUCAGAAAAAAGGAGGAGAAAAAGGAAGAGACACAGCAAUAUCCGAAAGAGGAGUUGACCACACAAGCUCCUCAUGGUGAUGAUGGCUCCUUCGUGUCCAGCAACCAAUUGGAGGACAUUUCCCUCAGCUCCAGUCCUCAAUUUAACAACAGUGAGCAUCUUUAUGAUGAUCAAAAACCCAACCUCAACCCGCAAACCCCAUCUGCCAUGCUCUUCCUAAAUCGUACUCUGAAAGUGUCCACAGUUAAACCAAGAUUGACUCAUUCUCAGGACUCUGAAUACUCUGACUCCCAACCCCCUAUUAGUCCGGUGGACCAGCAGUGGUCUUCCUCAUCUGUGUUGUCUCAUUCUCUGAGCUCUGGAUACUCUGAGCCUAAACCCCUCGGCAGUCCAGUAGACCAGCAGUGGUCUUCCCCAGUCGCCUCAGAAUUUACCCUCUCAAGUGUGCCGUCCGACACCCCUGAUACUUUUUCCAACCUUCAUUCAUCUUUGGCCCCUGUGAGAUUUAGUGAGAGCCCGCCUGGUUCCCCUUCUGACAGUAUAGAAAAGGUGUCAUCUGUACCAUCUUCGCCCACAAUGACUGAUCAGAUCCACAGAUCCCCUUUACCACCAUUGUAUCCCAUAUACGAGACUUCGACUGGAGGAAACGAAAUCCCAACUACAGAGCUAAACAGACUCACAGAUGAAUCAGCAGGGCAAAAGCUCUCUCUCCCACUUCCUGAUUAUGAAACCCUAUUUCCUCAAAAGAGGCAUGGGGUACAGGGACACACUCGAUGGGAUCAUAUCAUUGCUCAGGUCAAUCAAAGAAAUAUGGACCAUCCACCAGAACUUAUGGGUCCUGAGAUGAGUGUAGAUGGGCCAGACAACCCAAAGGAAUUUAGACCUUCAAUUACUGAGGAGAGUCCUGCAUUGGAGCAUAUUCAGACCCAUUACAAUGAAACCCGACAUGUCUCAUCAAAAAAGGUUGCAGCUCCUCCUCCGCCUAAUCCAACAAUGCGCUCCAGUUCUUUUUCAGAACAGAACAUCCAACAGACCGAGGAGUCUCUCUCAAGGCCCCUUCCCCAAGUACCACCCGGAAUGCUAAACAUUGACCUAUCUACAAGAGAGAGUCCUCCAGAGUUACCUCUUGCUGGAUCAAAAAAGGCUUUACUACCACCUCUACUCAGACCAACUAACCAAAUGGGCUGGGAUACAAGCACACCUGCUGACCAAACAAACGAUUCAGUAACCACAGACCGAGACGCUCCCACUGCUAGACCAAGGCAAAGGGUUAGCAUGACAGAGCCAACAGAACAACAUUAUUCCUCAGCCAUGCCAGAUUUGGCUGAUACGCGGACAAGCAUAGAAAACCUGCCACGUUUCAGUAUCAGCGAAAGACGGGAGAAGGUGACUAUUUCUGAGUUUGACCCUCUUGCUAAAGACCCCUGGGCACCAGAAAAACCCACCAGAAAAUCAGAUGACAUUUAUGCCGUACUAUCAAAGGAACAAAAACCUGAAAACCGUGGAGUGAUGGCAGACGAUCUUGAUCAAAUUUUCAGUGAAGAAAAACCAGAUGAUCGAUUUUCAAGUGUUAAUAGCUACGAGACAAGCACACAUACAGACUGCAGUAAAGUGGAGGAGGAGUCGAGGCCAAUCAGUCCAGUUUUCCAAAGAAGGAAUUCACAAGAAAAACAAAAAAUAUCUACUCCUUCAAGAAGUAACUCGCAGAGGUCCUUCCAGUCUGCAGAUGAGGAACAACCCACCCUUAGUGAACCAGAACAAGAACUCCCUACAAGAGAUGUUCUCAUUGAUUCCAUCACACAAAGCCAUCCAGCAGAUGGACACAUCGAUGGAGAGGAUCCAUAUGACAGUAACCCCUUUGCCGUGACGUCAGCUUUCCCCUCUUCAGAGGACCUCCCGGUUAUUAUGGAGGAACCGUCGUCAGAAAUACAAGUGUUGUCUGCGAGAAAGACUCGAGGAUCGUUGCCACCAGCUGAUUUUAUCAGUUCUCAAAUUAGCAAUGGAGGUGACCUUGCCUCCACUCUGCACAGGCCUCAUCCAGUCAAGCCAAUGCACUCGACAGAGAGUCAGGUUCCCAUCAACUCUUAUGCCCUGAAAGACCUUCAUGUUUCUAAUGGCACGGCUGGAAGAGUUAAGACGGCAGGCUUGGCAGACAGCGGACCCUUCACUCAGCUGACCCACGAAGAGCUGAUCACACUGGUGGUGAGGCAGCAGGCCGACCUGUCCAAGAAAGAAUCUCAGAUCAGCGAGCUGGAAGAAUACAUAGACAACCUGCUGGUGCGCGUCAUCGAGGAGAAGCCCGCCAUCCUGCAGGCCUUGAAGGGUACCAAGCCAGUGUGAGGUAACGACUCGGGGAGGAAGGCUCCUGCAGUGAUACUUGUCUUGUCCACGUGUACUGUUCUCAAGGUGUACUAAAUGACUGUCGUAAGGCAUAAUGCACUUUGUGGAUUAUAUUUGUUCAGGAAUGCUGUUAAUGAGCUGAGGUUGUAUGUCGUGAUUCUUUGGUAAACAAGCAAGUACACGUGUGUAUUUUGAAGUAUAUUUGUUUGGACACGAAGCUCUUGAUUGAUUUACAAUACUUGAGGUAACCUGGGAUGUGAUUUAUUCAAUAUAAACUUUAUAGAUAAAGGUAUCCGGACCCACUUCUUGAUCGAUUAACUAAUCAUUGAGGAGUUAGGACAUUUUUAGGAGCAGUUUAAAGUAAAGUCCUUUCCUGUUUCUGCAUGACGGCAAGAUGUAUGCAUAUAAAUGUGUGUAUGUUUGCAUGAGUUUACUGGGAGCGACUAGAACAGAGAUGAUGAGCCAGCAGGUCCUGUCUAACCACUCAGUGAUCGCUGACAUCACAAACAUUCUUCCUGAUUAAAGGAGCAGCCUUAUUUUUCUUGUCACUUCCUGUUGGUGGAGUGAUCACAUGGCCAAAUACUUUUGUCUAUAACACAUACUGUAUAUAAAAUGCAUCGGCACAAUCAUUCCAAAUGUUAUAUAUAUUUUACAACAUUGUACAUAUGGAUUAUAUGAAAAUAGUUCCCCGAAACAUAAUUUAUAAACCUCAUCAACUUGAGUCAAGAUUACUGAUUUUUCUUCUACUGCAGAUAUUUUUAUUGUUUUUUGUUUGUUUUUUAAUAAAUAUUCAGCUGCUUUAUCUUAUUUAAACAUACUGUGCCUUUGUUCCCGAUGUAGAAAACCAGCAAUGCAUGAAAUCAAGCAACGACUCUUAUUUGGUGAGGAUUAGGCUGACCAUGCACAGUCACGUUCAAGAACAUGACGAAAUAACGCCGAGUCCAAUGACUCCGAGUAUUGAUAAUAAUAGCCAGUGUGACAUUUGCUUGCAGGAAGUCUGUGAAAAGCAAAGACUCAUCGUUCUUCCUCGAUAAGAAGCACAUUCUUCUUUGCCUUCAAAUCCAUGAAUGCCUCAAUGGGAAUUCUAGCAAUACUUCUAUUAUGAAUGUACAGACAUGUCUUCCAAAGCCUUCUGUGUCUUGAUUUGCUGAAUGAAUCAUUGUUGGCUACCUCUCUGGUAUUAUUGCUGCAGUCUCUACUUUGUUAGAGGCGAUGCUGAAGAAAAUCCAUGUGGUUUUAUUGUAAAUAAAGACACUAAUAUUACA